AUCAGAAAGUUAGAAAAUAAGAAAUAAGAAAGUUAGCUCGAUCCCUCCCCUCCCCACCCCUACCACAUUUGUAUAUAUAUAUAUAUAUAUAGUCUGUUUGAAAAUCUAUGGAAUUGAAGCAAAUGGCGCCAUCGAUACACAUCUUAUGGCUCCUUUCAAUUCAAUUUUUGGUGUUGGUUAAUGGGGGCAAAAUUCCAGCAAUCAUAGUGUUCGGGGACUCCUCAGUUGAUUCUGGGAAUAACAACUACAUCCCCACCGUAGCUAGGAGCAAUUUUCAACCUUAUGGUCGAGACUUCAACGGUGGGCGUCCAACGGGAAGAUUUUCCAAUGGCAAAAUCACAACCGACUUCAUCUCCGAUGCUUUCGGCCUCAAACCGGCAAUUCCUGCUUACCUCGAUCCUUCCUAUAGUAUAUCCGAUUUCGCCACCGGAGUUACCUUUGCUUCUGCCGCAACCGGAUACGACAAUGCCACUUCCAAUGUCCUCUCAGUGAUACCACUAUGGAAACAACUGGAGUACUACAAGAACUAUCAAAAGAAACUGAGAGCCUAUCUGGGAGAUAGGAAAGCCAACGGCGUAAUCAGCGGGGCUUUAUACCUGAUAAGCGUGGGAACGAACGAUUUCCUGGAGAACUAUUACGCAAUCCCAGGCCGUUCAUCGGAAUACACCAUCGAAGAAUACGAAAACUUCCUGGUUGGGAUCGCCGCAAGUUUCACAGAGAAGCUGUAUGAACUUGGAGCCCGGAAGAUAUCGUUAGGAGGGCUGCCUCCGAUGGGGUGUAUGCCGUUGGAGAGAACCGGGAACCUUAUGGGUGGAAGCGAGUGUGUGGAUAGUUUCAACAAUUUGGCAGCCGAUUUCAAUGGGAAACUGAAUGCUUUGGUGAUUAAACAGAACAAAAAGUUUCAUGGAAUGCAGAUGGUGUUUUCAGAUCCCUAUGGUAUUUUGAUGAAAAUCAUUCAAAAGCCUGCAGUUUAUGGGUUCGAGGUAACGGCGGUGGCAUGUUGUGCAACAGGGAUGUUCGAAAUGGGAUACGCAUGCAGCCGGAGAAAUCCUUUUACAUGUUCCAAUGCCGACAAGUUUGUGUUUUGGGAUUCUUUUCACCCCACUCAGAAAACCUGUUCUAUCAUAGCCACUUACAUUGUUCAAAAUGCUUUGACCAAGUUCCUUUCACAUUAAUUAUAUGCACAACUAUGUGAUAUAAGCCAAAAAAAAAAAAAUUCUGUAUAACUCUAGAUUUUUUUUAUCAUUUUUAUAUUUAAUAUAUUUGUUAUUUAUGUUAUCUUCAAUAAUAAUAAUUUAGAAUAGAAUUUUAAGUUGUAAUUUA